AUGUCAGAACUGGAAAAAGCCUUCCGCAAAUUUGCGGUGUAUGGAGACACAGCUGCCACAGGCAAUGACAUGACAGGCAAGAACUUCUCCAAGAUGUUGAAGGAAUGUGGUGUAAUGGAUGGCAAAGCAGUGACCAGCACUGAUGUGGACAUUGUCUUCAAUAAAGUCAAGGCUAAGACUGCUCGCAACAUCACAUAUUCAGAGUUCCAAGAAGCAAUAAAAGAGCUGAGUGUUAAACGCUUCAAAGGAAAGUCCGCAGAGGAGGCUUUGCAGGCCACUCACCAGUUGAUGGAGGGCAAAGAACCAGGCAAUGUAGGAGCGACGAAAACUGUUGCAGCUGGUGCAGUAGACAGACUGACGGACACCAGCAAAUACACGGGUUCUCACAAGGAACGCUUUGAUGAAAGUGGCAAAGGCAAAGGGAUUGCUGGGCGUGCAGAGUUGACUGACAACAGCGGCUAUGUUGGGGCUUAUAAGGGAGGUGGAACUUACGAUAAGACCCACUAA